CAGUUCUUUAUUCCCGCGUGUUCAUUAUCGCUUCAGCGGGAAAGAAAGUCUCCGGGGUUUAGACGUUGUGAGUGCCGGCUCGUUGGUGUGUUUGUGUGGGAAAGGUUUGUUUGCCUGCUUCUUACCUCAUCCGCAGUUGUUGGUCAUUCCCUUCCGGGGAUUGGUUUGCAUCGAUCCAUAUCCAGUAAAUCAAUACUUGCGACUCUUGUGGACCUGGUCUGGGAUUGUUGACGUUGCGUGUGUGCUGGGGUGUCCUUUUGUUCGUCUGUUUGCUUGCCUGCUUGGUUUGUGAAUUGUGAGUGGCAAACAUACACCCAAAACUCAUGGCCAGUCAAUUAUCACCUCCGCCGGGAGGCAAGACGGUGCUGCUAUUCGGCUGCCAGGCCGUCCAGUUCGACGCCAACGACUUCCAGCAGCUGCGGCGCGUCAUUCUGGACACGCCCGACAACCACUGGGUGCUGGACGUGCUGGCGGAGCUGCCCGUCUACUGGCGCACCGCCGCCACCAAGUACCUGCCGAAGCUGCAGGCGCUGCCGGGUGAGCAGCAGCUGCGCGACCUGAACCAGUGGAUCCGCACCGGCAAAGUCGCCGACCGCCACUUCCCGCUGCCCUACCUCCAGCAUGCCCCGCUGCUGAUGAUCACCCACCUGCUGCAGUUCGCGCGCUACCUGCAGCUGACGCACCCGGAUUACGCGGCUCACGGCGUGGUUGACGCCGAGACGAGCCCCGUCGUAGAGAUCGUGGGGUUCUCCUUUGGCUUUCUCAGCGCCGCAGUCGCUUCGAGCGUCACGAAUCAGAGCCAGUUGCGAGAGUAUGGGGCCGUGGGAAUUCGGUUGGCGACCCUGCUGGGCGCGCUCGGCGAUGAACAAGAGAGCCGCGAGAAGUAUACCUCGCUGUCGACCGUGUGGAAGAAACCCGAGUUGGAGGGGGAGCUGGUUCGAGUGCUGGAGCAGCAUCCGGAGGCGUAUAUCACGGUUCGAUAUGAUACGAACCGCGCGACUAUCAUGACGCCGCGGAAGGGGCUGGGCCGGCUGCAGCAAGCGCUCCAGACAGCCGGAUUUUCCGCAUACCACAUCAACUUCAACGGACGCUAUCAUUGGCCGGGGCAUCAGAAACUAUUGCAUACGCUUGAGCAGAUGUGUGGGGCGGAUCCCGCGUUACAGCUGCCAGAUGCAUCGCAGUUGCCACGGCACACAUGGACCAACAUCACUAAUGAGCCCAUCUAUGAGGGUCCACUGCACCAGGUGGUUCUGCGCUCCAUAUUGGCCCAGCAGUGUCAAUGGGGUCCCACGUUUGCGGCUGUGCAUCGGGCCCAACUUGAAAACACGCAGUCGAUCGUGGUGGAGUUUGGCUCUGAGCGCUGCGUUCCCCCGACAUUCAUGCGCACGCUCGGCAGCCGCGUGGUGCACUAUAUGGACUUGAACCUGGACUUCCAGUCGCGCGUCUCGCCACUUCAGUCGAGCCCGACGCUAUAUGAUGACGACAUUGCCGUGGUGGGCAUGGCUUGCCGGGUGGCUGGUGCCGACGAUCUCGAGGAGUUCUGGAAGCUCUUGUGCGCGGGUGAAUCGCAGCACCGGGAGCUGCCGCCGGAACGAUACAAAGACUAUGAGACCCCGUGGAGGCCAGGCGCGAUUCGCCCUUGGUGGGGCAACUUCGUCAACGACAUCGAUGCCUUCGAUCACAAGUUCUUCAAAAAGGUGCCGAGGGAGGUCAUGUCCCAAGAUCCACAGCAACGGUUGUUUUUGCAGGUCGCAUACCAGGCUCUCCAACAGGCGGGCUACUUCCACAAGAAGGAUGCCACCAAGGACAUCGGGUGCUAUGUCACCUGUUGUACCGUGGACUAUGAGCAUAAUGUCAAUUGUCAUCCGGCUACGGCCUAUGCUGCCACGGGUCUGUUGCGGAGCUUCAUGGCUGGUAAGGUGAGCCAUUACUUCGGAUGGCGCGGGCCGGCGCUGUGCAUUGACACCGCAUGUUCGGGCUCCGCCGUUGCGCUGCACCACGCCUGCAGGGCCAUCCUCAAUGGCGACUGCAAAGCUGCGCUGGUUGGGGGCGCCAAUGCUCUCACGAGUCCGCUAGCAUUUGAUAAUUUGAACGGAGCGUCAUUUGUCUCCCCCACCGGACCUUGCAAGCCGUUCGAUGCAAAGGCCGAUGGCUAUUGCCGCGGCGAGGGCUUUGCAGCGAUCUUCAUCAAGAAGAUGUCCGACGCGUUGGCUGACGGUGACACAAUCCUGGGCACCAUCGCUGGCACCGCGGUGGAGCAGAAUGACAACUGCACCCCGGUGGUGGUCCCUCAUGCGCCGUCGCUGGCAGGCUUGUUCGACAAAGUCAUUCGUCAGGCCCACAUCCGCCCGUAUGAAAUAUCGGUUGUCGAGGCUCAUGGCACCGGAACACAAGCGGGUGACCCGGCCGAAUAUAGCAGCGUGAGACAGGUAAUGGGUGGUCCACAACGAGCAGCCCCACUGACGCUGGGGUCAGUCAAAGGGCUGGUUGGACAUACGGAAGGUGUCUCUGGCAUGGUAGCGCUGGUCAAGGUACUCCUGAUGAUUCACGAAGGAAAGCUCCCGCCCCAACCGAACUUCCACAACUUGAACCCACACAUCCAGGCGGCUGCCGACGAUCAGAUCGAGAUCACCACCCAGUUAAAGCCAUGGCAAGCGGAUUUUCGCGCAGCACUAAUCAAUAAUUACGGUGCCUGUGGGUCGAAUGCCUCCAUGGUAGUCACUCAGCCACCUGGCUUUCGGACCGGGAGCGGUGCCUCUGCUAUUCAUGCCCCCGGCAUCUCCCUUCCCUUCAGAUUCUGUGGUUUAGAUGAGCACCGUCUGCGCGAUUAUGCACGAAAGUUCUACAGUCUCUUGCAGCAUCAGGCCGUUUCUGCGAGCCAUCUCGCGUCUCUGGCUAAUGUCUCGUUCAACGUUGCUCGCCAAUGCAGCCCAACUCUCGACAGGCACCUGAUAUUCAGCUGCAGUUCACUGGUAGAGCUUGAGUCGCGGCUGCUUUCAGUCGUUGAUGGGGACGAAAGCCGAGUUGUUCGCAUGGCCAAGACCACCCGCCCCGUGAUUCUAUGUUUUGGGGGCCAGGUGUCAACUUCGGUCGGUUUGGAUCGCACCGUUUACGACACAAUGCACGUUCUGCGCAAUCAUCUCGAUGGCUGCAGCAGGAUACUAGAGUCGCUCGGGUACGACAGUCUCUACCCUGGUAUCUUUGAGUCCACCCCAAUCGCCGAUCAAGUCAAGAUACAGACACAGUUGUUUGCUUUGCACUUUGGAGAGUUAACUGCCCUCUGCGUAUCCGGGGCACUGUGCCUUGAGGAUGCGCUAGUCCUAAUCGCUAGACGGGCGACUUUGAUUCGGGACAGUUGGGGACCAGACCCUGGGGCCAUGAUUGCUGUAGAGGGCGAGCUCCACGAAGUUGAACAUCUGCUAGCCGAAGCCACAAAAUCUGUCUCGACUGGAACAUCCCUGGCCAGCAUCGCCUGUAUCAACGGCCCACGUAGCUAUACGUUAGCUGGAGCAACAGAAGCGAUGAACGCAGUGCGUGUUAUGCUUUCCACGCAGCCAGCAUUCUCUCGUCUCAAACACAAAUGUUUGGACGUCACCAACGCAUUCCACUCGUCAUUGGUCGAUUCCCUCGUUCCCGACUUGAAGAGGAUAACUGACGGAUUGAUGUUCCGCGAGCCGCAGUUGCACCUGGAGCGGGCCACGGAAGAGCCAUGCACUGGUGUCCCCUCUCCGAUCAUUGCAGCUGAGCAUCUCAGAAAGCCGGUGUACUUCAGUCAGGCUGUCAAUCGCCUAGCAGAGAGGUACAAGUCGUGCAUAUGGCUCGAGGCCGGCAAGAAUGGGGUCCAGAGUCUGACCGACAACAUAAUCGCUCUCUGGAAGGAGGGAAUUUCUGUCUCCUACUGGGCACAUCAUUCGUCGCAGACGCCUGAGUAUGACUUCGUCUUUCUCCCACCCUAUCAAUUUGAGAAGAGUAGACACUGGAUGGACAACAAGCCGUUACCCGCAAGUAGCCCCAUCAAAGCGAGUGAAGUACAAGAGGAGCAGCCGAAGCCGAAAAUUCAGUUCCUAGGAUAUCAGGGCUCGGCGAAGAUGGUCGCCAAGUUCUCCAUCGAUACUACGCACCCCAGCUACCGUGAAGCUGUGUCGGGCCACAUAGGUGCACAAACAGCGCCUCUCGCCCCAGCUUCAUUCAUGCUCGAUACUGUGGUUGAGGCACUGAGAAGCUUACCAGAAGGUAAAGACAGAGUACCGCAAGUAAAGAAUGUCACCAGUGAUGCGCCGCUGGGGCUGGACGAGACACAAAAUGUGUACAUUACACUCACCGCUCAGAGCACGGACAAGACAUUCUGGGACAUGGAAUUCACCAGCGAGAAUCCCGAAAAGGGUGCACGGUCACGGGUAGUCCAUUGUGCUGGUCGGAUCAAGAUGUUCAAGGCAGAUGAUCCCGCGCUCCAGGGCGAAUUCUCCCGGUACGGUCGCUUGGUCAGUCACCGUCGAUGCCGUGAACUUCUCGACAGCUCCGACGUAGAUGACAUCCUGCAAGGUCGCAAUGUGUACCGCGCCUUUUCCGAGGUUGUGGACUACGCUGAGCCCUACCGUGGCGUCCAUAAGUUGGUCGGCAAGGGCAAUCAGUCAGCCGGCCGAGUGGUGAAAAAGUAUUCUGGUCAGACCUGGGCGGACACGUUUCUGUGCGACUCAUUCAGCCAAGUAGGAGGUUUCUGGAUCAACUGUAUGACCGAUCGGCCAGCGUCCCAGAUUUACAUCGCCAGUGGCAUGGAGCAAUGGAUGCGUACACCGUUGUAUGCUGACCCGAGCACGCCGCGUCCUGAGACCUGGGAUGUGCUAGCAACACAUGAACGAGGAGAUGGCUUCUACACCACUGAUAUCUUUGUCUUUGACCCGGAAAAAGGCCAACUGGUAGAAACGUUCAUUGGGAUGAAAUACUCAUGUGUGCCAAAGGCAGUCUUCAGCAAGAUCCUCAGCAAGCUGGGGUCGAGUGCCAUUCCUCAACAGACUCAUCAGGCUGCAGUUGUGACAAAAGCAGUCUCGUCGCCGCUAAAAGCGACAGCUAGUGAUCCGGUCUCCAAAGCAAAGAAGGCAAAGGCACAGACUUCCGACCUGGUCGUACGCAUCAAGGGCGUGGUUGCCGAUUUUUGUGCUGUCGAUCCCAGCGAAAUUCACGAUGACGGCAAUAUGGCUGAUGCUGGCGUUGAUUCUUUGAUGGCAAUGGAGUUAGCACGCGAGAUGGAAGAAGUGUUCAAGUGUACGCUGCCAGCAACCGAACUUAUGGAGGCGGGGACGUUCCGUGACCUCGUCCGUGCGGUACAAAGAGCUAUGGGAAUCGACACAGUUGAUGAGGCAGAAGAUAUAGAUGAAACCAGCGAGAGUGGCACUACCUCUUAUACCGAGUGUGAAACAGAGUCAGAUGAGGCAGUUGACGCUGGUACCACCGAGUCUGUGACUAGCAUGAGCACUGACACGCCCGAGCUACAUCUGCCGCACGACAAAAUCUUAGAGGCAUUCGCUGAAACCAAAGCCUUGACAGAUCAGUUUCUCUCGGAAAACAACUGCAGCGGGCGCGUGCUUAGCUUCAACCCAGUCCAGAUGCAACUCUGCGUGACGCUGACUCUGGAGGCAUUCGAGGAGCUGGGUUCAUUCAUUCGAAGUGCGCAACCAGGUCAGCGGCUCGAGCGGAUCAAAUUUGAUGCCCAGCACGAAGAGCUGGUGGAAUACCUCUAUUCCCGAUUGGAGGAAGCUCGCCUGGUAGAGUUGGAUGAAGGAACGGUGACUCGUACGAGCUUGGAGUGGACCAGGAUGUCUAGCACUGCCAUUCUCGACGAAAUCAGUCGGACCUACCCUGAGUUCGUAGGUGCCAGCAAGCUUGCCGUUUAUACAGGAAGCAAACUGGCAUCGGUGUUACGCGGCGAACAAGAUGGUCUUCAACUGAUUUUCGGGACAAAAGAAGGACAGGAGCUUGUGUCAUGGAUGUACGGUGACGAAUCGCACAACGUGAGUGGUUACAAUCAAAUGCUGGAUUUCAUUCGGCGGCUCGUACACAAGCUUGGCAGUCGUUCGGGGACAGGUCCACUGAAAAUCCUCGAAAUGGGGGCUGGUACCGGAGGAGGUACAAAAUGGUUCCUUCCCGUGUUGGCCAAGCUUGGGGUUCCCGUCGAAUAUACCUUCACCGACAUCUCCCCUGCCUUUCUGGCGCAAGCCCGUCGGCGCUUCAAAGAAUAUCCCUUCGUGCAGUACCGUGUGCAUGACAUCGAGAAGCCUCCGGCAGACGAUUUAGUUGGGACUCAGCAUAUCAUUAUCGCCAGUAAUGCUGUGCAUGCAACCUCGAAUCUGCAGGUGUCAACCGGAAAUAUGCGUCGGGCAUUACGACCCGACGGGGUGGUCUUGAUGCUCGAGAUGACUCGACCACAGUUCACAAUUGAUAUUGUCUUUGGACUCUUCCGUGGCUGGUGGGUAUUCAAUGACGGGCGAAACCAUGCUAUCACUAGCGAGAACCGCUGGGAAGCCGACCUCCAUGCCGUCGGUUACGGCCACGUGGACUGGACAGAUGGCCAUUCGGCUGAAGCGAGCGUCCAACGAGUACUCUUUGCUACUUCUACCGGAGAGCAACGUGAACGGCUUCCGCUGGGGCCGAAUAUGUCUCAUGUGAGCCUCCUUGCCAGUGUUGACAAUGUUGCUCGAAAGCAGGCGACUGACAAGUAUAUCCGUCGCAGCAUUGAAGGCUUUACCGGACCGACAGUGACCCAUAGUCUAGUGACUGGACCGGUCGCUGUUUUGGUUACGGGGGCCACAGGCAGCUUGGGCUCUCACAUAGCUGCAUAUUUGGUGCAGCUGCAGGAGGUUAGUCGGGUCAUCUGCCUCAACCGACAGGGGAAGGAGGAUCCGUUUAACCGACAGAAGAAGGCUUUUUCAGAUCGAGGUCUUAGUUUGACCUCCAACGACUUUGACAAAAUCACGGUGAUUGAAACAGAUACGCAAGACGUAAAGCUUGGGCUCUCAGACGAGCAGCAUCAAUUUGUACAGAAUACCGUCACACAUAUCAUCCACAACGCUUGGCCGAUGAACGGUGCCCGGGGCCUGUCCGGGUUUGACUCUCAAUUCCGGACCAUGCGGCACCUGGUCGAUCUAGCACGCGACAUCGCGUCUGUCCGACCUGCAAAGACUCGGAUUGGUUUUCAAUUCAUAUCAUCCAUUAGUACGGUCGGAUUUGGUCCUCUCGUGACGGGUAAGCCAGAAAUUCCGGAGGAUCAAAGCGUGAUUGACUGGGUGUUGGCCAAUGGAUACGGCGAAGCAAAAUUUGUCUGUGAGCAGAUUCUUCAUCAGACCUUGCAGACGUAUCCGGACCGGUUCAAUGCCAUGGUGGUACGACCUGGUCAAAUUGCAGGGUCAUCGCUCAGCGGGUACUGGAAUGCUGCGGAGCAUUUACCCGCUCUGCUGAAAUCGGCCCAGACACUCAAGGCAUUGCCUGAUUUUGGCGGGGUGUUGUCUUGGACGCCUGUCAACACUGUCGCAGCCACUCUAGGCGAGCUUCUCUUCGCCGAAAAGGCCCAUCCCGUCUAUCAUGUUGAUAAUGCGGCUCGUCAACCGUGGCGAGAGAUGACGCCCAUUCUUGCGCAGGAGCUGGGAAUUCCCCUUGGCAAUUUGCUCCCGUUCUCGGAGUGGAUUGAACGUGUUGAGGCCUUUGCUGGUCCACGAGAAGACAACCCGGCAGGUGUGAUGGCGGACUGGUUGGCUGGCAACUUUGAGCGCAUGUCUUGCGGGGGAUUGCUGUUGGCGACAACGCGUGCCCAGCGAGACGCGUCCACGCUGCGGAGCCUGAGGCCUGUUGAUCAGAGGACAGUGCGGGGAUACGUGCAAUACUGGCGUCGGACGGGGUUCUUGAUGUAGAUAUAAGUGAAAACUUUUCUUAACGUCAGCAGUGUGAUCUCAUAAUUCAUUUAGAGGAUGCGAAAUAAUAGACGCAAAUGUCAACUUUCUAGAUCAUGAAAUGAAGUUUUUUACCCAAAUUGUACAGAAAGCGG